CACCCUCUGAAUGACUAGUUCCCCUAGAAAUGUACGAUAAUGUUACCCCUUAAAUGUAGACACCAUAUGUGGUAAUGCCACACUGUAGCAAAAGUAGCGACGCCAACACACAAAUGUAUUUCCUCUAAAUACAAUAUUUUAAAGCUCGUCGUUCGGCGCCUUACAAUUACCCAUUUGGCAACUCUGUCCCGUAGCCACGCCCCUUUGAGUAAAGUACUUCCGGUGUUGUGACCUCUGUGUACAAGUCGUCACGUCACAAAUAUACCUCCUCGCAAGCUAUUAAUAAACACGCUGGGACUACAACCGGCUCGGAACUAACAGCGUUCGGCUUUUAAUCCUCCAAAUAUGAUUAGAAGCAAAGCGGGCGGCCGUCAACGCUGUCGCUCGGAGAGCGAACGAAGACGACAACAAGUAAGCUAGCUAGAUGUUAGCUAGCCAGCUAGCUUGUUUGGGUGCUAGCGAGGUCGUGUCCCGGUGCUGCGAAUAGGCGAGAGAAGCAGUAAACAGCCUAGUGAGAACACACAUUUCGUGUUGCACACAAGCGAACGGGCGUAGUUCCACCGCCAUGGCCUGCAGCUUCCUCAACACGGAUGAGGCGUCCCCGGCGGGUCUGACAGACCUUUGCCUGACCUUCGUGAGUCACAACCUGGAGUGUUUCUGCGUCAAGCGUCCCGAUGGGUCUCUGUGCUUCAGGGAGGCUGUGCUCUUCCCCCAGGAGCUCGCAGACCAGCUGCUGGCUAAAAUGGCUACAGAAGGUUUGUUGAAUGACAGCACGGUCGCAGUGUUCCGGAACAGCGAGUACCUGCGGCUGAGGCGAGCGUACAUCCGCACCGCGCGGAUAUCUGCAGAGGCCUUCCAGAGAGCCCUGUGUGUUCACAGGCUGUCAGAGCUGGACGCUGCCAGGGUCAACGCAGACCUCACCAUCCCUGACAUCCUGCGAGGACUGGCCACCAAUAAACACUGUCAGGAGUCCCUCCAGCGUCUUGUCCUCACGGGUCUUACCAUGUCCUCCCUGGAGGAGCCCAGCAGACAUUGCUUCAGCUCCCUGCAGGGCCUGCGCGCCCUCUCCCUGGCCAACGUGGACUUCUACAACUCGGGCCUGGCGGGCGUGUGCGCUCUGCCUCGGCUGGAGAGCCUGGACCUGUCCAACACCUCGGUCACUAACCUGAACCCGCUGCUGGGCCUGAAGGACCGACUGCGCUCGCUCACGCUGCACCAGCUCAAGCGGCUGGAGAUGAGCACCGCGCAACUGCUGGCCGUCAUCGGGCAGUUGGAUGUAUUGCAGCACCUGGACAUCAGCGAUGAUAAACAGUUUACCUCCGACGUCGCUCGUCAGCUGCUCGGACAAACCGGCAUACUUCCUGCUCUCGUUUCCCUGGAUGUGUCUGGAAGGAAACAGGUGACAGACGCCGCUGUUAAGGCGUUUGUUGAGGAGAGACCCGGAAUGACCUUUAUGGGACUCCUAGCCACGGACGCUGGUUUUUCCGACUUCCUUUCCGGGGAUGGAAACCUUAAAGUCACGGGGGAAGCCAAUGAAACGCAGAUCUGCGAGGCGCUGCGCCGCUACGCAGAGAGGGAGGGCUUUGUGAGAGAAGCUCUGUUUCAUCUCUUCAGCCUCACGCACGUCAUGGACAAACCUCGACCUGACAUUCUAAAGUUGGUAGUUUUAGGCAUGAAGAACCACCCCGCCACUCUGAACGUCCAGCUAGCGGCCAGCGCCUGCGUCUUCAACCUGACCAAGCAGGACUUGGCAGCCGGGAUGCCGGUCCGGCUGCUCAGCACCGUCACUCAGCUCCUUCUGGAGGCCAUGAGGACGUUUCCCAACCACCAACAGCUGCAGAAGAACUGCCUGCUGUCUCUUUGCAGUGACAGGAUCUUACAGGAAGUGCCAUUUAACAGGUUUGAAGCUGCUAAACUGGUGAUGCAGUGGCUCUGCAAUCACGAGGACCAGAACAUGCAGAGAAUGGCUGUAGCUAUUAUUUCCAUCCUGGCUGCUAAGUUAUCCACGGAACAAACGGCUCAGCUGGGAGCAGAAUUGUUCAUCGUCAAACAACUCCUCCACAUUGUUCGCCAGAAGGCCACUCAAGGCAUGGUGGACGCCACCCUCAAGUUUACCCUCAGCGCCCUGUGGAAUCUUACCGACGAAUCCCCAACAACCUGUCGCCAUUUCAUCGAGAACCAAGGACUGGAUCUGUUUAUCAAGGUUCUGGAGUCCUUCCCUAACGAGUCGUCCAUUCAGCAGAAAGUUCUGGGUCUCUUGAACAACAUCGCGGAGGUGGGCGAGCUGCACGGCGAGCUGAUGGUGCAGCCCUUCCUGGACCACAUCAGGACCCUCUUGCACAGUCCCGAGGUGGAGGUGAGCUACUUCGCCGCCGGCAUCCUGGCGCACCUGACGUCACGAGGGAAGGACGCGUGGACGCUCAGCCCCGACCUCAGGUCAUCACUGCUGGAGCAGCUGCACGCCGUCAUCAUGGAGUGGCACGCGCCCGACUGUGAGAUGGUGGCGUACAGGUCCUUCAACCCCUUCUUUCCUCUUCUGGAGUGCUUCCACACGCCCGGCGUCCAGCUUUGGGCGGCGUGGGCCAUGCAACAUGUCUGCAGCAAGAACGCAGCCGCGCGCUACUGCAGCAUGCUGUUGGAGGAGGGCGGCCUUCAGCAGCUGGAGCGCGUUCACGCCAACCAGCAAACCCACCCGGAUGUCCGACUGUUGACGGAGAGCAUUUUGGAGAGCCUGGAACGUCACCAGGCUCGUACGGGCCUGCCAAACGGACGCCGCCCGACACCGCUAUGAGGGGGUAACUUCCUAUAACCAUGAGGAGGGGAUCUUACCAAGAACGCUCCACAUGUACAAAUAAAAAGGUCAGAGGGUACGCACUUCUUUGCACACAAACUAAGCUUAUUUAUAUUCCUUUUCAAACUAAAUACUGUUACAUAAUACUGCAGCGAAUGUGUUAAUAAGUAUGCUUGAAAAUCGAUGUUGAAAUGUCAGCAUUUUAUGGACUAUUAGUUUGACCUGAGGCAUGCUGGGACUUUUGUUAGCCGAUGCCUCUCCGACAGGACGUUUUAAAAAAAAUAGUCAAGAUGAUUCUUUGCUGUACAUUUCAAAAACACAAAGUGAUGUGAGCGGGUAGCAGUGUCGUGUAACGUCUUGUAGGCCGCACAUAAUGUAUUGUGUUGUCAGCAUGCAUCUUUAAAAAGCAGUACAUACUAAAAGGUAUUAGCUUGUCCAUGAAUGGCUUGAAUUCAUUGUACUUUGUACUCGGGACUUUUGGAUGACGAUCAUUUGAGGGAUUGUAAUAAUAGAAUGCUGGUAAGUGGCUGUUCCCUGUUCUAUGGUUAUCAUCACACGUUUCCUUCUUUGCUGUCACUGACAAAAAAAGCCAAAGAAAAAGCAAAAUACAAUGCUCGUUACUCUAAAGUUUUGUUUGACUUUUGAGCAUACUUGCCAACCCUCCUGGAAUUUCCGGGAGACUCCCGAAAUUCAGCGCCUCUCCCGAAAACCUCCCGGGACAAAUUUUCUCCCGAAAAACUCCCGAAAUUCAGGCGGACCUGAGUAACGUGUUGACAACACACAACAACAGUGUCUACCGUAAAGCAGUUCGUCUGCCGUAAACAGCAAUGUUGUGACACUUUUAAACAGGACAAUACUGCCAUCUACUGUACAUGCACAUGUGACCCACCCAUAAUGUGUCACAUUUUUGUGUUGAUUUAUUUAUUUUAUUGUUUGAAUUCGUUUUUGGAGCUGUCAUUACACAUUUAUCAGUAUUCACAUUGGUCAGUAGGGGGCAGUAGGGCGUUUCUUCCCAAUUGAAUGCUAUCACCUGCAGACCGGAAGUGUCUUGUCAUUCUGAUGAGCGCGACCAGUUUGUGAACAAUUGAAACGUCCUGUGUGCUUUUUCCUCCUGUAUAACAGGUUAGUUUUGGUGAAUCAACUCACUGAAUAAUAUCCAUGUGAUCUUUAUAAGUUUAAGUACACAUUCUGAUGGUGGAGCCUAACUCUAAAGUGUUUGUGAGUUGUAGUUUGUAAAUGAACACUGAAAUUCAAGUAUUUAUUUUAUAUAUAUAUAUAUAUAUAUAUAUAUAGCUAGAAUUCACUGAAAGUAAUCAAGUAUUUCUUAUAUAUAUAUAUCUUGACCACGCCCCCUGCCCCACCCCCGACCACGCCCCCACCCCCACCUCCCGAAAUCGGAGGUCUCAAGGUUGGCAAGUAUGCUUUUGAGGCAUGUUUUUCUAUUUUUGCUUCAACGCUGGGUUUUAUACGACAUUCCACUUUGGAUGUUCCAAUUGAGUUUUCUUUCAAAAAAAGUGUAAAAAUAAGGAAACAAUCCACUCUGUGAUCCCACUUGACUUUUUCAGUUAUUUUCAUUUCUAAACAAAUGAAGGCCCGAUCCCAAUACACCCCCUCACUCACUGCCACUACACCCUGGAAAAUGUGUUCCCAUUAUAAAUAAUAUAAAGUGAAUAAUACAUUUAUCAAAACCUCAUAAUUAUGUUUUUAAUUUUCAGACAUAUUUUUCCAGAAAACUGAUUAAAGGCUAAAUAAUACCACUUUUGAGGCAUUUGACCAUAUAGCUUUGACGUGUAAAAGCAAGUUAUAUAAGGUUGAACACAGUCUAUUUAAUGAUGCUGGUUGACUUAUAAGUUGGUCAAAUUGAGUGUUUUCUCAACACACACACACACACACACACACACACACACAC